AUGUUCAAAUUCGUUGUACUCUGCGCCCUGAUUGCCACUGCCGCUGCAGUCUCGAAGCAUGGUGGCAACACCAAAUUUCAUGGUGCCAGCAGCUCCAACUCCAAACAUUACUCCGCUCCCGGUGGUCGCACCAGUGAUGAUGCCAAUGCCGAAGUAACCCGUUUCACAGCCGAUGUCCAUGAACAUGGUUUCCAAUAUGCCUUCGACACCACCAAUGCCAUUCAUGCUGCCGCCACAGGUGGUGCCGAUGGUGAUCACCAGGGUGACUUUGCCUGGAUCUCUCCCGAGGGUGAGCACGUUGCGGUGCAAUACGUGGCCGAUGAGAAUGGUUAUCAACCCGACAGUGCUUUGUUGCCCACUCCCCCACCAAUUCCAGAUGCCAUCUUGAAGGCUUUGGAAUACAUUCGCACCCAUCCUCAGCAAGACGAAAAACCCGCUUUCAAAGCAGCUCCUGCCAGGAGGGGUUAG